AUGGCUUAUAGUCGCGAUCACGUGAUUCAUCAUUAUCAAGUGCAUUAGUAUACAAAGAUAUAUAGUCUAACUAUAAUCGCGAGUCGUCUUUGUGUUGCACUGCACAGUGCAUGAGACAGAUCCAACACAUAAUCUCUGCCAAGACAUACUGUGCAUAUGUUUCACGCUUUCACGCACACACACUCUCAAGUCUCCUUGAAGCUUACAAGAAAGUAGAAAUUAUAAUAAAUAUAAGUUAUACACAGUUCAUUAACUUUGGCGGAAAAUUAAUAGACUUGCAUUUCGUAAAUUCUAUCUUUUAAUCUAUAACAAAUUACGCUAAAGGCAAGAAAUAUGACAUUGUAGAGAGAUCACACACGUAAUGACUUUUUGCUUUGAAUAUACUGAAAAAAAUAAAAAAACUUAUAAACAAAUAACUUACUGUCAUGUGGAAGUGUCACAAGUGUGGAAAGCCCGUCUAUUUUGCGGAACGCAAACAGUCACUGGGAUACGAUUGGCAUCCCGAAUGCUUGAGGUGCGAAGAAUGUGGAAAAAGAUUAAAUCCUGGUCAACAUGCUGAGCAUAAAGGAGUUCCUUACUGCCAUGUGCCAUGCUAUGGAGCAUUAUUUGGUCCACAAUUGUUUGGCCAUGGUACAAGAGUUGAAUCUCAUACAAGUUUUGGCAAAAAAGAAUCUCGCUCAUCAUUACCAAGAUCACACUUGGAAUCAAAACUCAAAAUUUUCAACCAAUAUUACGAAGGAAAAAGUGGUGGAAUUAGAAGUCGUGAGGUGAAUGGACGAUUGAUUUUGGAAGGCGCUUUACGAAUUUAUUGGGGUGUAAGAGGUGUUAUUCAUUUAAAAGAAGACGAUGAUCAGAGAACUGUAGUUACAGCUCGGCAUAAAAAUUCAUGUAGAAGAAGUUAUCCAGGGGAUAAAAUAGAAAUUGAAAAAAGUAAAAAUGAAGAAUCAAAAGAUUCAUCUCCAAACAAUAGUCAAAUAGAAACAGAAUCAAAUUCAGUUUCAGCAUCUCCUGAUCACAUUAAAAGUCUAACACUGCCUAUGAAGCUUAAUGUUAAAAAAAUGGAAUGGAAUGAAUUGGACGAUUUAUUGCAAAUAAAGCACAAAGGUGAAGAUGGUGAAAAACUUUAUCAGACCAUGCCUAAAAGUCUUCCAUCAAUGAGCUCAUAUUCCAGUAACCUUGAGACACCUUUCUCGUUGUCAAUACAAUCAAGUGUAGACACUUCAGAACCUAGUAGUCCUAAUACAGAAUCGAGUAAUGGUAAAAUCAAAGAUAAUAGUGUGAAUAGUACACCCACUCAUAGUAUAAGCAGCUCUUCAAAUACAGAUACUCCUAACUACAAUGAAUCGCUUAACAAAAAUGGCGCUUUACGUAGAGUUGAAUAUUUUGAUAGUUUAGACAAAAAUUCAGCAAGUACACAAUCAAUUAGUGACGAAGAUAGUUGGGUAGAAAAGGGUUUAAAUCGUUCAAUGUCUGGACCAGAUUGUCUGCAAAGGCAUCGAACAGACAGCGAUAUAGAUUCUGUAAGUUCUUUGCAUUUCCGUGACGAUGACAACAUGACAAUGUCAACUGACAGUGGAUUGGAGUUGGAUGGAGUUGUUUUGCGUCGUAAGCAGGGCUCAACAGCGAUAAGACGAAGACCAGGAGCUAGACGGCAAUCACGUAAUCGUCUUAAACGACGUUGUUCAAUUAACGGGCAUUUUUAUAAUCGAGAAACUAGCUUUUUUACACCACCUCAUGGAUCACAAAUGUCAGUGUGGGUAACAAGUUUAGUCAACACUCAAGAGGUAAUUAAUCUCAUGUUAGACAAAUACAAAGUUGAUGCUAAACCUGACAACUUUGCACUCUUUGUUGUACGAGAUAACGGAGAACAACGCCGACUCAGAGAAGACGAGUAUCCGUUAGAAGUUCGAGUUAUCUUGGGUCCACAUGAAAAUAUUACUCGAUUGUUUUUAGUCGAUAAACUUUCAACACCCGAAAUAAGCUCUGAUGUUGCUCAGUUUCUUAAUUUGUCUUUGGCUGAGUGUCAAAAUAUUCUGCAGCGUUAUCAUUAUGAAGAAGAGAGACAAAUUAUUAUGUUGAAAGAAAAAUACAAAGAAAUGCAUCGCAGAAUAAAACAGCGUAUGGAGGACUUAAAAGUUCGCUUAUGAAACAGAAUGCAGCUACGCUUUUUAGAUUGUUUCUAUCUGUUUUUAUUAUUCUUUUAUAUGAAAUGUUUAAUCUAGAUAUUAAUAACAACUUUUUAUACAUUUUUUAACUAAACGAGUAUGGAAACUAUUUAUGCUACCUCUAAUCUAAUCGCUUAAUUAAUUUUUUUUAUUUACAAAAAUUUAAAAAACGAUUUAUUAUUCCUUUUUUGUGAAAAACGUAUGCAUUUCAUAAUAACAAUUUAAUAGCAUUUCGACACUUCACGUGGUAGCGGGCUACUGUCAAGGUUCCCAUUAAAGACUUGAUUAUUUGAACACUCAAAGACUGACUAUAUAAUUUCGUUCUCUCUCCCUUUUUUUUGCCUGUAUAACAAUUAAAAUUAACUUUCGUAAUGACUUAUUAAUUGACAUGGUAUAUGAAUUUUCUGCAUAUGGUGCUAAAUUGUUUCAUUAUUAAAUUUAAGUACUCUAACUUCAGAUCUUGUAAGUUCCAUUUACAUUUGAUGUUUUACGUACAUACAAUUAUUGAAUGUUUAAUAUUAGAAUAGUUGGAUUAUAAAAUAUAGUGAAACAUUAUUCAAAGUGUUAUGUCUAUUCAAUCAGCGUAUUAAGCUAUAGUUUGCAAGUAGAAUCAAAUGAAAUUAUAUAUUACGAAUUAUUCAUAUUCAUCGCCUUUAAAAGACAAAAAAAUUAAUAGAGGUCAGUUUAAUCACCAUCAUGUAAAUUGUUUAUAAACCUUAAAUAUUAAAAAUUAUAAUUGCAGGCAAAUGUGAUUAUCAGGAAUUAUUGAAACUAAAUUAGACAAAUUGGAAAUUAUGAUACAAUAGAUUCAUAUCAUUAAAAAUAAAUAAGAAUAAAAUGAACACAUUUUCUAAAAACUGUACUUUGUAAUGUAAUUCACCUGUA